AUGGCUCGCGCGUCCGCCGCCGCCUUGACUGUUGAGAUCGCCGUCACGGAUGAAGCGACAAGUGCCGACGGUGGAGUUGGACUCAGGAGGUAUCUUUUGGAACAGUGCAAGUGUGGGCAGAUGACUGCCACGGCUGUCAGCACUACAGCAUGGUGGGCUACCAAAGCAGGGGCAGUUGGCAUCGACGAUCUUGCCCUUCACCCGUCCGGCACUCAUCAUUCAGAACACCUAAGUGCGGCGAUCCAAACUAGAGCAGAUACCGCGUUCUACACUGCGGGAGCUCCUAUGUGGGACAGCGAGACCAACCGCAGAGUAUUAGUGGACUUUCCUGUCAACUUGCCGCAUGAACAGUUUGCAGAGGAAUGGUUUCACGACCCGUCAGCAUGGGACCCCGCCGGAUUCGAUGCAAUGAAUCUUUCGCCAGUGUUCCACACCCAUGAUCGCAUCGUAGCAUGGUCGUGCAACAUCCUCGCUGAGGGGACCCACCCAGAGUUUAACCACUUAGGUCUGCCAUUUGCCGACGAGCUCCGCCACAGCCAGAGGGGAUUUCCACUCGCAGAUGGACGCGUUUGCGCUCUCACCGAGAUGCGGGCAGACUUACUGGAGAUAGUGCAAUCUCUUGGGCUGAAGAAUUUUUCGAACUACCUCAACCCUUGUUUUGCAUGCUCCAGUAAUCGAGAUUCCCUGCGCGACUUCCCAGCCACAAUGGAAGAUAACGCAUGGCUUCAGCGGGACGCCACAGCCUACGAUAUCACGUUGAUGCGAGCUUUGGUCAAGAGAGAGGUGCACGACAAGCGCGCUCUUAAGAAUCUCAUGAAAUCUAUGGCAUUUGGCGACAAGUCGAGCGGCUGUACAUUAUGUGAGGACUUCGCCCCGUUGGAUCUCAAGAAGGGCUGCAGGCUCAUCGAGGCAGGGGAGGUCGUCGACGUACACGAUUUGAUGAGUAUAGAACUGCCAGCUGUGUUCACUUUCUUUGACACAAAUAUCAAUAUGGGCUUAAACGUCGUGUGCCCUCUCUUCAUUAUCAAGGGAUUCACCGUCCAGCGCUCGCAGGCGCACCUGCUCCCGCAGAGACGCCGCGACCAGGUCGGAAAGAUCACGUUCAAGAUGUUCGACAAAGGCAGGCUGAAAGCCAAGGCUGCGGAAUCUCGACACCUUCUUCCGUUGGCACCCCUGCUGUGCAGGGGGAACGCGCACCUCUUUGGCCAGCAGAGCGGCUUGCUCGCCGCGGCGCGCGAGGCGCUGGAGAACGUACAAGAUGUGAUGCAGAGAGAGCCGCGGUCGCCCGCGGGCGCCGGCGCCCCGCAGCUGGCGCUCUGCACAGCCGUGGGCGCGACUGUGAUCGUGUUGCGCCUGUUGUCGCGCCCUCAGACGCCCUCCCCGUCUCUUCAAGACGUUGGCAAGAUUGGCCUUGAGCAGCAGAAACGUGUCGUCGUGAACGACAUGGUAGAGGGCAUGGCAGCCUGGCCCAGGGCCCUGCGUGAGUUGCAGUACUUGGCGGGCUCCACAAACCACGUAGUCACCAUUCCAUGUGUGAACCUGACGAGUGGCAGGAGCACGAGUUGCAAGCAUGGGGGUGCGAAAUCAUUCGCUGACCUGUUCGACCUGACAGAUUGGGGCUUGACACCCUUCGACGCCGAGCUCGACUCGGAUCAAUGCGUUCGGUUUUCAAUGUGCAGCCUUCCUUCCUGCGCAGGCGACAUGGCGCCGAAGACAAUACAGGAAUGGACAGACGCUGUGUCUUCAUGUCGCUCCGUUGGAGUCGAGGCGCUGAGUGCGGAUCGCGUCGUCGUACAGCACACCCAGCUGAGCACGGCCCGCAUCGACAAUCUCAUGUCUCCCGUCCCCGAGGCAACGAUCUCACACCCUGGCCGAGCGGACAAUUGGCCGCAAUUCAAUUUUUCCGCGGCCCGUGAAGCAGAGGUUGAGCGCAUCUUGGCCGCAAACGGGCUGCGCCCAUCAACUGGCGGGCACGCGGGGAAUUAUGUCGUGUACAAUUGGCGAUCGGAGGCGGUGGCCGACAUCAACUACACACAAUGCGCGCAGGAGCUCUUGUCACACAUCAGGGCCCAUUCAAUCAAGUCUGGCAAGCGCCUCGUGCUGGUCUCCGACAUGCCGUUCAACAUUAGCGCCAUGCCCUCAUUGUGGGGCAGCGGCGCCUUGAAGAUAGGACGAGAGCCGACGUUCCCUGCGGCACGCAAGAUGCUCAUUGACGCCGGCUUCACUAAGAUCGAGAUUAUGGCAACUAAAGCGGGGUAUGACCUAAGGAGAGUGCCCCCGUCCUACGUCAGCAUCUGGGACGCCAUUAUCGCGCGCGGGGGCGAGAAACUAGUGCUCUGCAGGGCCGAAGAGUGCGCGCGGUGCGCCUUGCAUGGGAGCAAGUUCAUGUCAUUGCUGAGCUUGUCCGCCGAUUCGGCGCCGCUCCCACAUGGACAGGCGGGCGUGCUCUCCCGGCGCCUGAAGAUCUACACGCGUAUUGCCCGUAUUCCGAAGCUGGCGCUUCCAGAGCUACUGCCGUGCACGCGCUGCUUUGUUGCGGCCGUAACGAGCGAGGCCUUGAAAUUCAUGGCCAAAGAAACAUACAACAAAGGGAGCGAGGCCGCGCAGCUUCGACAGGAGUGGGCCAACAAGUACCGGCUCCCCCUGCAGGCGGUCGGGCUAGAGGAUGACGUCGGCAACGAGCUGAAUCUCGACGACACCCCUUCGUCAUUGGGCUGGAAGCCUGGAGCGGACGUGGUGCGAGUCGUUGCCUUCCCGAAGGAAGAGGCGUACAUGGAGCGGGAGUCCGGCCAGACCAACCUCCCACAGGCAGGCGCGGCGACCGCGUCUGCGCAGCUCUCCGCCUCCAACGGCGACGGCGCGAGGGCGGAGGCGGAGCUGGCGGCCCCUGCGGCCGCCCCGCCCCCGGACUCCAACAAGGGCGAGCAGGUGGGCAGCGGCAAGCGCGCGGCGGCGGCCUCUGCCGCUGAGGCCCCGCCGAAGCAGGCCAAGGUGGGCAGCGCGGCGGCGCCGAAGAAGGCGGCGGGCUCCGCCAAGAGUGCAGCGGCCGCCAGAGCAUCGGAGGCCAGCCCGGAGGGCGACGAGAAGAUCAUCUUCCAGCAGUCGAACCCCAAGCGGGUUUUGAGCCGGAGUGUUCCGCGCAGCAGCCAGGCGUGUCCUUUUGGCGCAGGCUGGCAGCGACUCGUACAAUAGGUACGAGAAGUACAAGAAGGCCAAGACACCCAACGAGGCUAUCAGGCUGGGCGCGCUGAAGGGCGACAUAAAGAACGAUUUCCAGAAAGGCUUCGUCAAGCGAGCCUAGAAUGAGGCCACCUGGACCUCCCCACUUACGCGAGCAGGCUCGCGUGAGUUGCUUUCUCACAGCAAGGUAGGGCGAACUAGCGUAAGUUAAGAUGUGAUGCUUAUGCGACGGAAAGUGUACCUCACUGUGCGCUAGUUUAACACAAGCGGCUCUCAGCAUGCCAAUAUUAUGUAUAUACACUUUACUGAUUUAAGCAUCAUGUCAACAAACGUGUAUGGUACGCGUGAUCGCCACUGCUGUGUCGUAUAAGUUACGUGUUCCCGGGUUGUGGGUACAGUGUUUCAACAUAUGUAGUGUUUGUUACCGCUAUGCCCAUGCGUCUCUCA